GCAUGCGAGAGUAAACAGGUAUGGGGGAAAAAUCUCAUUCGGCUGGUUUCGUGGGAACCAAGCAUCGCUAAAGCACAGCAACUACCAAAGCAGCUCGAAGUCAAAAUAUCGACAUGAGUUUAUCACUCCCCGACGUUUGUUCAUUCGGAAUUUAACAUUUUUACGUUGAUCACCAAGUGGCGAAGUCUACGUGUACAGAGAUUCUCUAAUGAUCGCCGUGAGCUUUUGUUCUGUUUCAAAAGAGGACCAAACCGAGAUAGCAAAACUAAUCCAAAAAUGAGAUUAGCUGUUAUACUUUUAUAUUUUGCAUGUUCAUGUCAAACAGUUUUAUUUGUCAAAGGUGGUGCAGGUGUUGGGCGAGCACCUGCAAGUGUUAUUGGAGAACUGGGUCAGAAUGUUACACUUCCUUGCCAUGACCUGGCUGCCAACGUUACUCCAGCACUGACUCAGUGGUUCAAAGAUGGGACCAUUUUGGUACAACGUAACCACUCUUCAGAACUGAAACCUGUACCAGGCCACUUAUCCAUAUUGGACAAUGGAAGCCUGGUUAUCGUUGGGUUAUUGACUAUUGAUGAAGGAGUAUUUAAGUGUCAAUGCUCGUCAAAGGACAUAAGCAAAGUUCACAAUCAUACAGGGGUGAUUCUACAGAUUGCCAGUAGGCCAGAUGAUGUGACCCUGGAGAUAUCACCUGCACAAAAACUCCCAAAUGGAACCCUGUAUGUCCCAAACGGCACCACGGUUCAUUUCAAGUGCACAACACCCUCUGUGUCCCACCCAUCACAGACGCUAUCUUGGAUAUUGGAAAGGGCCAACUCAAGCAGGAGCACUUUAGUUUCUGGCAAUGGGACCCUGAUACAGUUUGAGGAACUGAGCAUUUUGCCAUCAUAUCAGGGAGAACACAUCUGCUUAGUAGAGAACAAUUUAUCUCAUGAGAAAAUAGGCAAGACUCUGCAGCUGUUGGUGUAUUAUCCACCUGAACGUCACCCACAAUGCAGUUGGAGAGAGCAGAAUGUCUCCUCCAUCAUCACUUUAGUCUGCAGCUGGCAGGGGGGCUACCCUGCGCCCUCCUUACAGUGGGAUGACUUGGCCUCAUUGGAGGCCGUGCUCAACUCCACAGAAGACACGGUGGAGGUGACGCUCAACAGGACGCUACUGAGGGACGGUCAGGAGCUUCGGUGCACAGGAAAGCACGUUGCCACGAGUGAUGGUGAAGAAAAGUUCUGCCACUUUACCCUGAAGACUCCAUACCCUGAGGGUGAGCCACUGGUGACGGUGGUGGAAGGAAGCAAUGUGACACUGACCUGCACCGAGAAGCAGUCUGUCCCUCCUGCUAAAACCAUAUGGCAGAGAACUGUUGCACACCUGAACGUUAAGCCCAGCGCCAAGUAUAUUAUAUCUGACCUGGGGCCCACGUUCAGUCUGACCAUAGUGAACAUCACCAAAGAGGACGAGGGCACUUACUUCUGCAGGAGUGAGAAUCCAGUGGCUGUCCGCGAGUUAGAGAUCUACCUUACAGUCAAGUCGUCAGUGUCCUACACUGGUGGGAUCGUUGGCAUGUUCUUAUCUAUUCUGAUUCUCGGAGUUGGGAUUUGCAUCGGAAUGGCUGUAUACUCAAACCGCCACAGAAUUUGCUUGGGCUACCGGUUUGGUUUUAUGACGGAGGAAAGGAAUGACGUACUGAAUCUGGUGGAUUCGGAUGAUGAAGAGAUAUUUCAGGAUGCAGUGCCUCGGUUGCCCGCCUUGCCAAAUGGCCACUCCACAACACUGGUAGAGAUUCAUCGGAUCCCAUCAAGUGAUCACGAAGACCAAGAAAACACACAAGGAUCUCAAGAAAACACACAACAAUCUCAAGAAAACCAAGAUGCUAUUAUUGUGGCAGAAUAGAAGAUUGAAGAGUUACAUUAUACAUAUUGUAAAUAUUUCUAUGGACAUUAAGCCAAUCUGAGGAGUUUGUGAAUUGAUUGCAAUGGAAUUUUAACCUUAAUGUAGGCUGAUUUUUGCAUAGCCUAAACAAUUUUUAUGUUUAAUGCAGACGUACGUUUUAAUUAUUUGAACAACAGUAACAUAUAUGGGUGAUAUGAGUGUAAGGUGGAAUCUCAGGAAGAAAACCUUUUGUAAAAAAAAAAACAAAAAACAUAGUCUAUCAUGAAAAAACAUGUUGCCUAUCUAAUAUCAAAAUAUGGCCUACGAAUUAGACUAGCUGAAGAGAAACUAUUAUAAUUUGGCUCCACAGGUGGUUUUAAUAUUGUGCCUGAGUGUUACGAUGUAUUGAAUGUUUGAUAUGUUUGUAAAAUGUCAAGAAAAACAUAUGUAUAUAAUACAUGUAUAUGUAUAUAUUUUUUUGUAGUCAGCGUUACUGUUAGGAUUGCAGUAGUCUGUGUCAUGGUAAAGUAAAGCUGUAGGCCAGUGGUUCUCAAACUGCGGUACGGGUACCACUGGUGAUAGGUGGACUCUUUGUUGUGGUACUCUUUGUUGUGGGAGUCUCCAAGAUGCUUUAUUUCAUGAAGACAAAAUAAUCACUUCAAAUGAUAUAAUGAAUGAAUAUAUAUAUAUAUAUAUAUAUAUAUAUAUAAUAUCAAUAUAGCUAAUGAAAACAAUGCAAAACAGUAUGUACAAUGUAAAAUGGCCCAUACACUACUGUAUUUUAAUGCUGGUGAUAAUGGUGGUACUUGGAGAGUCAAUUGUUCUCUGAGGCGGUACGUUUGAGAACCACUGCUGUAGGCUAUCAAUAUGGGCCCAGACCAAAAAACUCAAGACAAACUAGUUGCUGUUAACGAUUUACCAAUAAUAAAUGACUUAUUCAGUUAUAAUAAUAUAUUGAUGAAUAAAGACCUAAUAAAUGUGUAAUGACACUUAAGAGACAUAAUCAGGAACAUGUGACAUACAGUAGGCUACUCACACACAAACACCAAACACCUGCAUCAGACACAGUUUGACACAACAUCAGCAUGAAGUCAACUCUUCCCAAGAAAUACAGGGCACACAGUAGGUAAACUGACUAUGCAAGUUACUAGAAA